AUGCGAAGAUGGGCGUCUAUUCGUAAUACUGAGGAACUCCACCGCAAUUCCGCAGAAAAGCGCUUUUUGGAGUUUUGCAAGACGUCACGAGUGGACAUGCAGAGCCGCUUCGCGGUGAAGCAAUGGCUUGCAGCAGAGUUUGUGUCCUGGGUGAAAACCGCCGAUCCUCCGGUUCCAAAUUCCGAUAUCAGAAUGAAGGUAUCUGCAGACAGACUGUGGAACAAGUAGUUGAAGAGCACACGACAGCAGGGCAGUGCAAGAAGCCCGCCUUUUUGAAAAAAGCAUACGAAUGAUCCGUCAUACACUGACACCUUGUAGAAAAGCACAUGUCUGAUAUUUCGACUUCUGCGCACUUCAGGCAGUCAUUCGCACGCGGCUAAAAGAUGCGAACAAAGGGCUGACGCUGAGUUGCUUUUCACAUGAAAACAACAACACUGCUAGCACGACCUUGCACGAUGAGGAUCUCCCGCUCGUUUCGUCUGCGUCAUUUACUCGCAUAGAAAAAUCACUGAAUCUAGAAGAGCUUGAUGCCAUGCAAGAGAAUAUCGAAUUUUCAGCCUUCCUGGACCUGCUGACUCGCAACCUCCCAGUUUUGCAGCUUGUUGUAU